UUGUAAUUAAAUUCAAGUAAGAAGAUAUAAACCUAAACGCGCCAUGUCAGCAGAUCAGACCACGUUAGUGCAGUCGGUUUCCCUGAAGCUUCAGGAGAAGAUGAAAUCGUUGCCUAAAUUAAUGAUAGGCAAUAUAGAACUUGAUUUUAAUCCAAAUGAACCCAACGAGGAACUGCGAGAGAAAGCACGAAUAGAAUUACGAGAGACGCCAGAAAAUGUUGAAGAGGGACUCAAAGUUCUUCAAAAAUUACUGAAAGAUCAAUCGGAAUUACAGGUUCCUUUGAAUAAAGAACACCUUCAAAAAUUUUUACGACCCUGUAAAUGGUAUCCGGACAGUAGUUUUGAAAUGAUGAAACGUUUUUACAAAUUUCGUCAAACUCAUCCUCGUUACUGCGACAAUUUGUAUCCCAGUAAUGAGUAUGCGAUACUCAUGUCAGGAAUACUUACUCCUCUACCAAGACGCACAGAAAACGUUCGAGUAUUUCUUUUAGAAGGCGGUAAGAAAUGGAUACCAAAAGAGAUAUCACUCGAUCAAAUAUUUCGAGGACUUAUUCUUUUCCUUGAUGCUGUUUUAGUUGAGCCUAUUUCUCAGAUUGCUGGUGUUCGAGUCAUCCUUGAUAUGGAUGGCCUGACGUUGUCACACGUGACAUAUUUUACUCCAAGUUUCGCCGCAGCAGUCGUUGAAUUUGUUCAAAGAUGUUUGCCUUGUCGUUUGAAGGGAAUUCACGUAGUCAAUCAACCUUUUAUUUUUAAUAUGGUGUUUGCUAUAUUUAAACCAUUCUUACAGGAAAAAUUACGUAAAAGGAUUCAUUUUCAUGGUAGAGACAGAACUACACUACGAAAUUUUAUCGAUCCUAAAGCGUUACCUAAACGAUUGGGUGGUGAAUUAGAUUAUUCUGAUGAGCCGAUAGGAGAGCAAUUAGUACAAUAUUUAAGUGCAUUCGAGGAUGAAUUUAAAGAAUCUAGUAAAUAUGGAUACGUUUCGAAAACUUAAAGAAGAAUCUAAAUAUUUUGCACUGGAAUAAUCAUAAAGUA